AUGGACAAUGUUCUUGUGGAGAUUAUUGGUAAUCCAAACAGAAACAAGUUAAGGAUACAGGGGUACACUAUAACCAUCAAGCUGGAGGAUAUUAAAGAAUGGCAAUUACAGGAGGAGAGGGAUACCCGAAGAAAAUUAAAGAUGCUUAACGAGAAGGAAAUGUCUGUCAUAUGGUGUAAGUUAUAUGUACCAAAAUGCACUUACAAAUUUAUAUUGUCAAGGCAGGAAGAGAGGGCUUCGGAGGCUUUAAGGGCAGCCACUGUUUGCAUGGAUUACACUCUCUUGAGCAUAGCUAUUGCACUAUAUGAAGAGGAUGCUACUGUAUACAGAACUUCCAAUAAAAUGUCAGGCUAUAGCUUCUUAUGGCAAUACUUUGCUACAGAAAUGGCGCAAAGCUUCAAUUCCAGAAAUGAUGAUACUCAUACAAUGUCCUCAAUUUCUCAUCUUAAUCGAAAUCUCAGAGCCUACUGUAGAGAUGGUUGCUUAAAGGAAGCACUACACAUUCUGUUUACACAACCAAACCUUCCUGUAGAUUGUUCUACAUAUAUUAACUUAUUACGGCUCUGCAUUGCCAAGAAUGCGCUUCCAGAGGGUAGGCAAAUCCAUUCUCACAUCAAUGGCAGAGGAUUUGAAUUUGCUACUCACGCAGUCUUACAAAACACUCUUAUCAACAUGUAUGACAAGUGCGGAAGUUUGGUGGAUGCUCGCGGUGUUUUCGAUCACAUGACCGAACAAAAUGUUUACUCGUGGAAUAUGAUAAUUGCAGCUUACAGAAGGCAUGGUUUUCCUCAACAGGCAUUGGCGUUGUUUCGCCAAAUGCAACGGACGGUUGUCAAACCUGAUCAGUUUACUUUCUCGGGAAUUCUUCCUGUAUGUGUUGACCCCACAUCUUUUACACAUGUUUCAUGGAAUGCCAUGAUUACCGGAUAUGCACAAAGUGGUGAUGUUGACGAGGCUUUAAAACUUUUCGAAGAAAUUCCUCAAGUAAAUGUUGUGUCAUGGAACGCCAUGAUUGUAGGAUGUGCACAGAAUGGGCUAAUUGAUAAAGCAUUGGAGCUUUUUAACCAAAUGCAAUCAACUGGUGUAAAGCCAAACUCAGCAACCUUCGCCAGCAUCCUCCCAGCCUGUGCCAAAAUGGGAGCUUUGGAACAGGGUAUGGCUCUACAUGAAACAGUGAUGAAAAGUGAAUUUUUGUCAGACAUUGUAGUUGUGACUGCUCUAAUUGACAUGUACGCGAAAUGUGGGAGUAUCCAUAAGGCACGGGAAAUGUUUGACAAAAUGCCUCAGCAAGAUUUUGCCUCGUGGAAUGCAAUGAUUGUAGGAUAUGCACAAAAUGGGCUGGUUGAUAAUGCUUUCGAAAUUUUUAAGCAAAUGCAAUUGGCAGGUGUAAGGCCAGACUCGUCAGCCUUUGCUGGUAUCCUUCCAGCUUGUGCCAAACUUGGAUCUUUGAAUCAGGGCAUGGAAAUCCAUAGAAAAAUAAUUGAAAGUGGAUGUAUAUCUGAUGUGAUUAUGACUGCACUUAUAGACAUGUAUGCAAAAUGUGGGAGUAUAAGUAAGGCACGUUAUUUGUUUGACAGAAGAACACAUCCACGAGAUGUAGCCUCAUUAAAUGCAAUGAUAGUAGGAUAUGUACAAAAUGGGCUUGCCAGUAAAGCCCUGGAAAUUCUCAAGGAUAUGCACUUGGCAGGUCUUAAACCAGACUCUUUAACCUUCGCUAGCAUCCUCCCUGCUUGUGCCAAGCUUGAAGCACUGCAACAGGGCAUGGAAAUCCAUCAAAAUAUAAUUAAAAAUAAAUUGUUGUCUGAUCCUGUAGUUACAACUGCCCUAAUAGAUAUGUAUGCAAAAUGUGGAAACAUGUGGAAGGCACAGACAUUGUUCGAAAAAAUGCCUCAACGAGAUGCAGUCUCAUGGAAUGCAAUGAUUGGUAUGGAAAUUCAUCAAAAAGCAAUUGAAAGUGGGGUUUCCUCUAAUGUGGUUGUGACUGCCUUGAUAGACAUGUACGCAAAAUGUGGGAGUAUACAUAAGGCGCGUGGACUGUUUGAUCAAAUUCGUCAUCCAGGGGUAGUUUCAUGGAAUGCGAUGAUUGCAGGAUAUGCAAUGCAUGGCUAUAGCAAGGAUGCCCUCAAACUUUUUGAUCUAAUGAAGCACUCUGGAACCAGUCCAGACCAUAUAAGCUUCAUUUGUGUCUUGCUUGCUUGCAGCCAUGCAGGUCUAGUGAUUGAGGGCUGUAAAUACUUCAAUUACGUGGGCAACUCUAAUUUCAUCUCGCUUAAGAUGGAUCAUUAUGCAUGCAUAGUUGAUCUUCUUGGCCGCGCUGGAUAUCUUGAGGAAGCGCUAAACUUUGUCAUCAAAAUGCCAAUGAAACCUGUUGUGAUUGUGUGGGGGAGUUUGCUUGGUGCUUGUAGGUCACAUAAGAAUACAGGGCUAGGGGAAUUCGUGGCAAAACUCCUUUUUGAAUUUGAUCCUAAAAAUGCAGCACCUUAUGUUCUUUUGUCGAACAUUUAUGCAGAAAUGGGCAGGUGGGGUGACAUUCAGGAGGUAAUGCUAAGUGAGGCAAGUUGCCAGGGGAGAUUGACGGAAAUAAUUGCCAAAUUGACGGGAAGCAUUGCCAAGUACGGAAUGUUACACAUUAGUACGGACAAAGACCUACUAGUACGGACAGAGACAUAUUUGUACGGCAUUUUAGUACGUGGUAAUUCUGUGCAGACCCGUACGGACAAAGGCGUAGCCAAUGCUGACUCGUACAGUGGUUAUGGUAGUUGCCAAUGCUGA